AUGAUGACAUCAAGAAGAGGAGUCGUUGUGCUUUCCCUUUUGUGUGCUUUUACAGGUACAGCCGCCUGGCAAUUGCCGGUGACACACAGCUCUUCCCGUACAGGAGGGGCUCUCAGUGUCAGCAGCGCUUCUUAUUUGGAUUCCUUGUCCACCGUGACUCCGCAUCAGACGUAUUCAUCUGUCACACCGCCACAGCCGAGUAAUGUGGAUUAUGAUAAAGUUCGAUCUGAUCUCAAGCUGCUCAUGGACAAUCCGUCUUGGGAUGAUGGAUCGUUGGCCCCUAUCUUUAUCAGGUUGGCAUGGCAUAGUAGUGGCACUUACGACGCGGCAACGGGGACUGGGGGUUCCAACGGUGCAGGCAUGAGAUUUGACACGGAAGCCGCCGAUCCAGAAAAUGCCGGUCUGGAGGUAGCCAGAGCCUUUUUGGAACCCAUCAAGCGCCAACAUCCCAAUAUUUCCUACUCGGACCUUUGGAUUUUGGCUGCCUAUGUGGGCCUGGAACAUACAGGAGGCCCAGUCCUUCCGUUUUCUCCUGGACGAACGGACCACGGAGACGAAACGUAUUGGGCACGAACGGGCAUGACCUAUGGCCGUCUCCCCGCGGCAGAAAAGUACCUUUGCCCCUAUGUGCCUGGUGAUAGUCUCGGCAACAGUCAGGAUGCAGCUGGCCGAAUUGUGGGCUGGGAAGGCCUUUGUACCCAUGUCAAAAAUGAGGUCUUUUAUCGAAUGGGGUUCAAUGAUCAAGAGAUUGUGGCUCUCCUCUGUGGUGGCCAUGUCUACGGCCGUUGCCAUCCCAAUUUCUCGGGUUAUGCGGGACCUUGGGUAGAGCACCCAACCGAAUUUUCCAAUGAGUAUGCCACCGAUAUGCUAGAAGAUGAAUGGACGCUGGUCAGUCAUGCGGAUACAUGGUUGGAUGCCCAGGGGGCCGCGGAAUUACGACCUGCCCCAGGGAACCGCCAGUUUGUCAACAAAAAGCCGGGUCACGUGGACGACGAACCCAAUCAGAUGAUGUUGGCUUCAGACAUGAUAGUGGCGUGGGAUCCUUCCUUACGUAUUUACCUGGAGGCAUAUGCCGCCGAUGAAGCCCGACUCAAGGACGACUUUGGUCAAGCUUUCAAGAAGCUCACCGAGCUGGGCUGUGGCUUUUCGUGA